UAUAUAAAAAAGCCAAGUGCUUUGUAUAUUUACCCUGAUAGUGUAUUUCACUUGUACAGCUGUUCAAAGUCAUCUUAGAACAAUGGCUUGUAGGGAUAUCAGUAGCGUUUUUACAUGCUGGUCCAUUUUGAUUCUUAUAAUGCUACAAACUUUCAGUUCUGAAGGAGCCGUCAAAAGUAUUGGAUCAGACAGCACAGUCACAACCAUUAACCAUUCGUCCAUGUUGAUACAUCGACUGCAGGAGCUCUUACAGAAUGGCAAUUCUAGUGAUGUCACAGUUAAAGUACAUAAUGUAAACUCCCAUGAGGUGAAAGUAUUUUCUUCUCAUUAUCUGGUACUGACUCUUCAAAGUCCUGUGUUUGAGCAGCUUCUGAAUAACCAAACUGUGCUAAGCCUUCAGGAACCAACAGAGUGUGCUGCAGUCUUCGAAAAGUUUAUCAGGUACUUAUACUGUGGUGAGAUCACCAUUACCGUGGACCAGGCCAUUCCACUACAUAAGCUGGCCACAAAAUACCAGGUCUCUAAUCUUCAGCAAGGAGUCGCUGAGUAUAUGACUCAUCAUCUAGCUACAGAGUCCUCUCAGGGCCAUGUGGUCAGCUGGUAUAAUUAUGCCAUCAAAACAGGUAAUGAGGAACUCCAAGAAAGUUGCCGGCAAUUCCUCGCAUGGAACCUUUCUGCUGUCAUUAACAGUGAGGAAUGGACCUCUGUCAGUGAUAACCUCAUGACAGCACUACUGCAGCGCUCAGAUUUGGUCAUCCAGAGUGAAGUUGAACUUUUCAUGGCUGUUGAAGAGUGGAUUACGAGAAGACAGUCAGACUUACCCAUUAUGGAGACUGUACUGAAGUCAAUUCGGUAUGCCAUGAUAACUCCCAAAGAUUUGUUCCAAAUCCAAAAGCAGUCCCAAGUGUUGUCCAAGUAUUAUUCCACUGUUCAUGACUUGCUUUUCAUAGCAUUUCAGUUCCAUUCUUCCUCUCCACUGGAGUUUGCUAAGUAUUUUGAUGUGAACUGUAGCAUGUUCAUCCCACGAAACUACCUCUCCAGUUCUUGGGGAUACCAGUGGAUCAUCAACAAUCCCACAAGAGAUGACAGAAGCAUCAGCUUCCAGACUCACCUGGGGCCAAGCAGUCAUGAUUCCCAUAAAAAAGUGACCUGGAAUGCCCUUUUCUCACCAAGAUGGCUUCCAGUCAGCUUGCGUUCUGUGUACUCAGACUCUUCUAUUGGUGCCAUCCAGUCUGUAAAACCUGAAGACAGCAAGCCAAGACUCGUCAUCAGCCCAGCAAUGACAAGUUCUGAUUUUGCUGGAGUUAACUUCCAGAAGACCAUUCUUGUUGGUGUAAAGCAACAAGGCAAGUUAUCUGUGAAGCAUGUAUAUAAUUUUCAUCAGAGUACAGAUGAAAUGAAUGACUUUCUUGUUCAUGCAGACCUCCAAAAACGUACUUCAGAAUACCUCAUUGACAAUUCACUUCAUCUUCACAUCAUUAUUAAACCAAUUUAUCAACCUUUGAUCAAGGCCAAGAAAUAAUACAUCAAUGAAAAGUCUAGCCCUAACUUUAGCAAUACUUCAUAUGUGUCCUUUUUCCUAGAACAGUUGAGACUGUAGCUCUGAUUUUUUUUAAAAACUGAAGAAUGCAUUAAUUUAGAACAAAAUAAAACAUGUUUCAAAUAUAGAAGCAAAUGUCAUAUUAAUUGCAAAUUCUCUUUAAGUACUGAAACACUAAUUGUCUAAAAGCAUCUUGUUUAAAAUGAAUUUGAAAACAUUUGACCAAAGGACAAAACUGUAUUAUUUAUGCUUGCUUCUAAUCUACUGACACUGAUGAUGAAUAGACUUCAGAAUUGUUUUCAUCUGAUAAAUUCUGGCUUGCUAUUAAAUACUUAAAAUCAUUAUUCUGCUCAUAACAGAAAGAGUAGAUAUGGCAUUCCACAAUUAUGUUUUUUAUUUAUUUUACUACACUUCUAGUCCAUGUUGUAGUUUUUAAAUGAAUGAAGGCUUCCACUAACAGGAGUAAUAACUAUUUUAUCAUGUUAUACCUGUAUGUCUAACACUAUAUUUGAAAUAAAGGUACUGUGUGGUUA